CUUCAAUGGUCUCAACCGACAUGAUUGUAACUUCAAUUUCAUCUAAAGUACCUCAUUCCGUUCCCUAUAUCUCAAUGUCUGCCCUAUUCUUGCCCACGUCUCUAAAAUUGUGAAUGGAUAGAAACGAGACGAUAUCAACCACCCAGAACGUGUAUCGUAUGCAUCGUUAGGAUAUCAUAUCAAAGCAAAAUUUGAAGAGGAAGAAUCAUAUAGUACCAUACCACAAAUGGUGGUCUUGAAGCUACAAAGCGCCCAAUUCUUCACAGCUCCGUGUGAGAUUAGGAGUAGAAAAAGGGGGAAUGGUCAGAAAUUUAGUAGAAUUAUUCGAUGUGGGAUUGCGGAGGCUUCUGGUGAGCCAGCGCCAUUGGGCCAAAAAACCAAAUACAAUGAUGGGCCAUUUGAGAAGGUUUUCAUGACACUUUUUGCGAAGAAAAUGGAGCGAUACGCAAAUUCGAAGGAGCAAACGAAGAAGAUCGGAUGGUGGGAUUUUCUUUAUGACUACGAACGAUUUGUCGAUGCUUCAAAAAGGGUAAUGCAAGGGAAGAAUCGUAUGCAACAACAGCUCGUGGUUCGUGAGGUUCUCUUGUCUAUGCUCCCUCCCGGCGCUCCGGCUCAGUUCAGGAAAUUGUUUCCUCCGACGAAAUGGGCUUGUGAGUUCAAUGCUUCGAUAACGGUGCCGUUCUUUCAGUGGCUAGUCGGCCCAUCGGAGGUUGUGGAAGUGGAGGUAAACGGUAUAAAGCAAAGAAGUGGAGUUCAUAUAAAGAAAUGCAGGUACCUCGAGAACAGUGGGUGUGUGGGUAUGUGUGUGAAUAUGUGCAAGAUACCCACACAAGAUUUCUUCACCAACGAAUUUGGGCUCCCUCUCACCAUGAAUCCGAAUUUUGAAGACAUGAGCUGUGAGAUGAUAUACGGUCAAGUUCCACCGCUGUUCGAAGAGGAUCCCGUGUCGAAGCAACCGUGCUACAAGGAUAUAUGUUCCAUGUCCAAUCCUAGCUCGUCGUUAUGUCCUAAAUUACUAGCUUAAAUGACGUUCUUUCAUGGUUUGAUUCUGUUCAUCACCAUGUCUGCAUACGUUGUCGGAUACAUACUGUAGUGUAUAGAUUCUCUUGCUGUGUUAGAGAGGCAACAAUGUUGUUUCUUUGCAAAAACUUUACUAUGUUUACUUUUUUUUUU